AUCUUUUAGAAAUAUUAUGGCCACUUCUAUCGCAAAUAAGAAGGACAAUUUCGAUUGGCUUAUUAAAAUUCUAUUAAUAGGGGAUUCUGGUGUAGGAAAAACGAAUGUGCUAUUAAGAUUUUGCGAAAAUAAUUUCCAGCCAACAUACUUAUCAACAAUCGGAAUAGAUUUUAAAAUAAAAUCAAUUGACGUUGAGGGUAAGAAAAUCAAGAUGUAAAUUUGGGAUACUGCAGGAUAAGAGAGAUUUAAGACAAUUACUUAGACAUAUUAUAAAGGGGCUAUGGGAAUUAUUCUUGUAUAUUCCAUAGAUGAUAAGGACUCUUUUAGUAAUAUUUCGAAUUGGAUGAAUCAAAUUAAGCAACAUGCAAGUGAAAAUGUUUGUAAAUUGCUUAUAGGUUUCUAUUUUAUAUUUAUUCAUUAUAAUAGGUAAUAAAAGUGAUGUGCCAAAUAGAGUUGUCUCAAAAGAGGAAGGGGAAGCAUUAGCAAAGUAAUUUGGAGUUCAAUUUUUUGAAACUUCAGCAAAGGAUGGCACAAAUGUGUCAGAAGCCUUCUUUGAAAUGGCCAGGGCAGUCAAGGCUAAUCUAUAAAAUGAAAAAUCACCUAAUCCAAGUAAUCCCUAAAAUGGACCAACAAAAUUAACACCAACUAAUCCCGCAGCCGAAGAAAAAAAGAAGACUGGAUGUUGUUGAAUUGAAUAAAAAUAAAA